AUGAACUCAGAUCAGUGUGCUCGUGGACCAAAUGGCGAACUAUUGGAUGCUAGCCAAAUUCAAUGGUUUAAUGAUCCAGACGAUAUUCACCCCAUUUCAAAUUCUGCGCCGUCGAAAGAAUCUCGUCAACGGCCGGUGCGUGCUAGGGAUGGCACAUGGCUAGCAGCCGCUAUCGCCUCAGAGCUCACAACUGAUGACUACGGAAAUGCUGUUGUACUACCUGCCAUGCAAAGUAUUUCUCAGCCUCGUAAAGCUGCCACUAAGCAUAAGCGAGUCGUCGAAGAAUCUGUCAGCGACGCGGAAGAUGGAGAUUUUUUUGCAUCAAGCAGUGACGAAGAUUCUAAUAGUGAUGUUGAAAUGGUGACCAACAACGAGAUUGCGGACAUGCUCCCUUCAAAGACCAUCCCAGAUGCCAGCAACAAGAAGGGCCACGGGCAUAUGCUAAAGCCAAGGGCAAAGCCAGCACCGCCGAAGAAGAGGUUAAGAGUGGGUUCUGUUGAGAACACUUCCAGCACCAAGAUCCCCGCCGCUGCCGAUGCUCAGAUGGCUGUCAGCGAUAAGAGCAUCUUGAACCCCAAUGUUGCGGCUCCUCCUGAAAAUACGAAAUGA